UAUAUCAUCAUCAUCAACCAAAUAUGAAGGGAGUUUCUUUGUUGUUCUUAUGUUGCAUCACAAUCUUGGCAACAAGUUUAAGUCUCAAUGUAGUUUCAGCACACGAGAUGGUGGAGAACCCACCAAACACAGUCAAAGAUAUAGAGCCGUACAUCUCUAAUAGAGCCAUUGGCUUUGUGUUGAAGCUGGAGAACAAUUGUCCCAUUAGAGAACAGUUACGAUCAUUCUUUGAGAAGCUUAAGGAUCUCUUGAAGUUGGAGUCUUCUGUUACACCGUUGAUCGAGAACAAUGAGCCCAAAACGUUCAAGUUUGAUCUGAAAUCCAAAGCUGAUAAUCUCUUACAAACGGUGUUUACGCUUGGGAGAGGAUUGUUGAGUUCAAGUGUAAGGAAGGAGAUGUUCCAAGUGGUGAAAUCGCUCACUGAGUUGCAUGCUGCGAUCGGUAAAGUUAUUACGGAGAAACACAUAAAAGGAGAUGGAUCAGUGUCACUUUCUUCGGAACAACAGACCGCGGUUGAAAACGCGGUAUCUCAAUGGGAAGUAACGAUUACACGAAUCGUGAAGAUUGUUGUUGAAGUUAAGUCGGGAGGUUCAAGUGAAACUACUUCCGGGCAAGAGAGUAGCACUGCUGAACACAACAGUGCUUCUUUGAACAGUACCACGGUGGAGAAUAGUGGAGGAAAUACUACAGAGUCCAUGCAACAAAAUGUGGAUGGCGUUAAAGGUGAAAAUCACGUAGACUCUAAUAAUGAGAAGCAAGAAGAGGUUCAAGGAGAUUCUACCAUUAAUAAUAAUAUGGAGACUAAAGAGGAUGUUAACUCGGAGGAGAUAGAGGCUAAAAAUGAUGCUAGUUCCAAGACGGAAAAGCCGAAAGAAGCUCAAGGAAACGAUGGAGUUUUGACAAAGGAUGGUAACUUGGAGAACAAGGGAAGUGAGGAAGAGAGUAAAAAUGAUGAAGUGGUAGAGCCUACAACAAAUAAUGCAAACGAGGCUAAUCAAACGAGGGAAGAAACUCAAGGAAACAAUGGAGAAUUAGGCAAGAACGAGAACUCGGAGAACGUCGAAGGUGAUAAAACUUCGAAGGACGAUGGAUCAGUAGAGACCAAGACAAAUCAUGAAUAUUCUAGGGAAGAAAAGCAUGAACAUACUCAAGGAGGCACUGAAGUUUCUACGAAUGGAGAAACGGAGGAUACCAAAGGUGGAAACGCAGAUUCUGGUGAGGAGAAGAAGGAAGCAGAGAUUCAAGGAGAAAAUAGUGGAGACACGACCAAAGAUACAAAUUUGGAGAAUAAAGAAGAUGUUAAGCCGGAAGUAAAGGCUAAUGAAAAUGUAGAAAGUUCAACGAAGGAGAAGCAAGAAGAGGCUCAUGGAAACAGUGGAGUUUCAACAGAAGAUCAGAACUUGGAGAACAAAGGAGCUCACGAAGAGACUAAUGGUGAUAGUAAAUCCGUAGAGGCUAUGACAAAUAAUGGAGAUCACAUGAAGGAGAAGAGGGAAGAGACUCAAGAAAAUAAUGGAGAAUCAGUGAAAGACGGGAACUUAGAUGAUAAGAAAGAAUCAAAGGAAGAUGAAUCGGUAGGGGCUAAGACGAGUAAUGAAACAACUAUGGAAGAAAAGCAGGAUAAGGCUCAAGGAGGUGAUGAAGUUUCCGUGAAUGGUGAGAUGGAGGAGAAAAAUGGUGGAAAUGUAGAUUCUAAUAAGGAAAAUGGCGUAGAGGUUCAAGGAGAACAUGUUGAAGAGUCGACAAAGGAUACAAAUAUGGAGAGUAAAGAAGAAGCUAAGUCAGAAGUAGAGGCCAAGGAAAAUGAUGGAAGUUCCACGAAGGAGAAGGGAGAAGAGGCUCAAGGGAACAAUGAAGUUUCAACAGAAGAUAAGAACUUAGAGAACAUAGGAGGUGAAAAAGAGUUGAAGAACAAAACUUCCAUGGAAGAAACGCAAAAUGAGAGCCAAGGAAGCAAUGAAGUGUCCACGGAAGUAGAAACCAAAGGAGGAGAGAAAGAGUCUAAGGACGGUAAGUCGUCAAAGGAUAAUCAGACUGUUGAAAGUUCCACGAAAGAAAAGGGAGACGAGGCUCCAAUAAAUGGUGGAGACAAGAAAGAGUCUGAAGAUGAUAAGUUGGUAGAGGCUAAGGAAAAUAAGGAAAGUUCCAUGAAGGAGAACCGAGAAGAGACUCAAGGAAGCAAUAGUGGAGAUAACAAAGAAGGUAAGAAAGAGACUAAGGACAAUGAAUCAGUUGAGGCUGGGGAAAGUAAUGAGAGUUCUAUGCAAGAAAAGCAACAAGAGUCUCAAGGAAAAGGUGAAGAGUACACAAAGGUAGAGAAUAGCGAAGGUAAGAAAGAUGCUAAGGAUGAUAAAUCGGUGGAGGCUAAUGCAAAUAAGGAAAGUUCCAAGAAAGACGAGAACAAUGGAGAGAAGAGAGAUAUAAUUGAUGGUAAGUCAAAGAAAAAGGAAAAACAUAAGAAGAAGAAGAAAGAGUCUGAAAAUAGUAAAUCAAAGAAAAACGAAGAAGAUGGUAAACAGAAGAAAGAGUCUGAAAACAGUAUAUCGAAGGAAAACAAGGAAGAUGAAAAACAGAACAAAGAGUCUGAAAACAGUAAAUCGAAGAAAAAAGAGAAAGAUGAAAAAGAGAAGAAAGAUUUAGAACACAAUAAAUCAAAGAAAAAGGAUGAAGAGAAAAAAGAGAAGAAAGAACAUGGAGACAAUAAAUCGAAGAAAAAAGAAGAAGAUAACAAUCAGAAUAAAGAAUUGGAAGAUAAUAAAUCAAAGAAAAAUGAAGAAGGUAAAAAAGAGAAGAAAGAACAUGGAGACAGUAAAUCGAAGAUUAAAGAAGACAAGAAAGAGAAGACAAACUCUAAAGAUCACAACUUGAAGAAGAAGGAAGAAGAUAAAAAAGAGAAGAAGAUGUCCAAAGAUAAUAAAUCAGAGAAAAAUGAACAAGGUAAAAAGGAGAAGAAAGAACAUGAAGAUGGAGACAGUAAAAUCAAGAUUAAAGAAGACAGUAAAGAGAAGAAAAAAUCUAAAGAUCACAACUCGAAGAAAAAGGAAGAAGAUAAAAACGAGAAGAAGGAAUCGAAAGAUAAUAAAUCAAAGAAAAAUGAAGAAGAUAAAAAAGAGAAGAAAGAAGCUCAAGACCGUAAAUCUAAGAAAAAAGAAGAAGAGAGAAAAACAGAAUUUGAAAAUGGUAAAUCAAAGAAAGAAGAGAAGAACGAAACUGAAGACAACAAAUCAAAGAAAAAUGGAGAAGUUCAAAAAGAGAACAAAAAGGACAAUAAAUCAAUGAAAAACGAAGAGGAGAAGAAACAGAAGAAAGAUUAUGAAGACAACAAAUUGAAGAAGAAGGAAGAAGACAAAAAAGAGAAGAAAAAAUCCGAAGGCGGUAAAAAUUCAAAGAAACAUGAAGAAGAUAAGAAUGGGAAAAAAGAAAAUAAAGACCAUAAAUUGAAGAAACAUGAAGAAGAGAAAAAGAAGAAGAAAGAGCAUGAAAACAACAAAUCGAAGAAAAAGAAAGAAGAUGUAAAAAUGGAGAAGGAGUCUGAAAAGGGUAAAUCAAUGAAAAAGGAAGAAGGGAAAAAAGAAAAGAAAGAACAUGCAGACGAUAAGUCAAAAAUAAAGGUAGAAGAUACAAAAGAGAAGGAAGAGUUGGAAGACAAUACAUCAAAGAAAAAGGAAGAAGAUGAAAAAAAGAAGACCAAGUCUGAAGACCAUAUGUCAAAGAAAACUGCAGAGAACAAAAAAGAGAAGAAAGACAACAAAGAGAAUAAAGCGUCCGAAGACAAAAAAUCCAAGAGAAAAGAAGAAAAAGAAGAUUCUCGAGACAUUAAAAUGAAGAAAAAGGAAGAAGAUAAAAACAAGAAAACACAUUCCAAAGAUGAAAAAUCAAAGAAAAAGGAACAGGGUGAAAAAGAAAAGAAAGAGUCUCAUGACAUUAAAAUGAAGAAAAAAGAAGAAGAUAAAAAGAAGAAAACAAAUUCUGAAGACAAUAAAUCAAAGAAAAAGGAAGAAGGUGAAAAAGAAAAGAAAGAGUCUCAAGACAACAAUAAAUCGAAGAAAAAGGAAGAAAUGGAAAAGAAGAACAAAGAGUCUGAAGAAGAUAAAUCCAAGAACACUAGGAAAGACGGUGGAGAUGCCACAAAGCAAGUAGGGUUUCAAUCAAAUACGGAGGAUUCUAUGAAAAAUAAAGAAGAAGAGGAAGAGUCUAAGGAUGCCAAGUCAAAGGAAACUGAAAAACAACAGAAAAGCUCUGGGCAAGAGAAGCAAGUUGGGGUUCAAGUUAAUGCUCAAGAUUCUAGAAAGGAUAAAAAGAAGACUACAGAAGAUGCCAAAGUGUCUAAAGAUGGUAAAUCAAAAGAUCAUGAGAAAGAAAUGCAAGCAGAGGCUCACGCAAAGAGUGAGGAAGCUGAAAAUGAAUUACAAGCAAAGGCUGAAGAAGUGAAUGAAAAAUCACUAGAAAAUCAGAAAGGAGAGGGCAAAGAAGAUGAUGAAGUGGAUAAGAAGGCAGCAGAGGACGUUAAAUCAAUAGGAAAGGAAGAAGACAAUGAAGAUUCAUCGAUGAAAAAGCAAGAAGAGGCUCAAGAAACUAAUGUGGAAUCAAAUAUGGGUGAGAAGAAAGACCAAAAUAUCUCUAUUGAUGAUAAAUCAAAAGAGACUAAAGAGAGUGAUGAAAACUCGGCGAAAGAGAAAGAGAUUGAUGAGGGAAAAUCGUUAAAUACUGGAGACUCCAAAGAGGAAACUAAAGAAAGCAAUGGAGAUUUGGUGAAUGGUGAGACUGAACCGAUUGAAGGAGAAAACGAAGAUUCCAAAGAUGGUAAGUCGGUUGAAACUAAGGAAGGUAAAAAUGACUCCAUGGAGGAAGGUUCCAAAGAUGGCAAGGCAGUUGAAAUCAAAGGAGGUAAAGAAGGUUCUGUAGAAAGCUCCACAGAUAUUGGCAAGACUGUUGAAAAUAAUGGAGAUAAAGAAGAUUCCGAAGAUGGCAGGGCAGUUGAAGUUAAUGGAGGUAACGUAGAUUCCAAUGAAGAAGGUCCUAAAGAUGGUAAGAUAGUUGAGCAUAACGGAGCUAACAAAGUUUCCUUGAAAGAAGGUUCCAAAGAUGAUAAGAUGAUUAAAAUCAAUGCAGGUAAAGAAGAUUCCAUGGAGAAAGAUUCCAAAGAUGGAAGGACAAGUGAGAUCAAUGGAGGUAAAGAAGGUUCCAUGAAUGAAAGCUCUAAAGAUGGUAAGACAACUGAAAUAAGUGGAGGGAAAAAUUCAACGGAGGAAGCUUCCAAAGAUGGUAAGGCAACGGAAAUCGAUGGAGGUAAAGAAGAUUCCACAGAGAAAGGUUCCAAAGAUGGUAAGAUAACUGAAACUAGUGAAGGUAAAAAUUCAACUGAAGAAAUUUCCAAAGAUGGUAAGACAACUGAAAUCAAUGGAGGCAAAGAAGAUUCCACGAAGGAAGGAUCCGAAAAUAGCAAGACAGAUGAAAUAAGUGGAGAUAAAAAUACCACUGAGGAAAUUUCCAAAGACGGCAAGACAGAGGAAACUAACGGAGUCAAAGAAGAUUCCAAAGAUGGUAACAUAGUUGAAACGAACGGAGGUCAAGAAGAUUCCAUGAAAGAUAAGGUGACAGAGAUUCAAGGAAACGAUAAUAAUGGAGGCAAAGAAGAUUCCGAAGAUGGCAAGGCAGUUGAAAUCAAUGGAGGUAACGUAGAUUCCAAGGAAGAAGGUUCUAAAGAUGGUAAGAUAGUUGAAUAUAAUGGAGGCAGUAACGUAGAUUCCAUGAAAGAAGGUUCCAAAGAUGAUAAGACGGUUGAAUUCAAUGCAGGUAAAGAAGAUUCCACGGAGGAAAGUUCCAAAGACGGCAAGACAGAGGAAAUCAACGGAGUUAAAGAAGACUCCAAAGAUGGAAACAUAGUCGAAACGAACGGAGGUAAAGAAGAUUCCAUGAAAGAUAAGGUGACGGAGAUUCAAGAAAAUGAUAAUAACUCCACAACCAAUACAUCAAUGGAGGCUAAGGAAGAUAACUUAGACAUCAACAAAGAUUCUACAAAGAAUAAGACAGAGGAAGCUCAAGGAGGAAAUACUGAGGAAUCAACGAAUGGUAAAACAGAGGAGACUACAGAGAGAAAUGAUUCUAUUAACAACCAAAAAACGGAGUCUGAAGGAAGCAGUGCAAAUUCCACGAAUAAUCAAACAACAGGAGAGACUGUGAACUCACAAAAAACGACAACGGAUAUCGAGAGCAGUACAUCUAAAGAAGUCACAAGUUUCAUAUCAAACCUUGAGAAGAAAUCUCCAGGAACUCAAGAGUUCCAAAGCUUCUUCCAGAGGCUUAAAGAUUACAUGAAAUACGCGUGUCCAGUCUCUUCAACAUUUGAGGCAAAAGACUCAAGAUCCUACAUGUCCGAGAUGAUAAAUAUGGCCACAAAACUCUCGGAUGCUAUGGCUGUCUUGCAAGCCAAGAAAACUGGGCAAGGACUGGUGAGUUAA